AUGAUGCCACUGUUGCGUGUGGUGGUGCUGGUGGUGGCUGUUGCUGUGGGUGUUGUUGUUGGGUUCAAUGUGGAUGCAGCGCCGCUGGACCAACAUGAGAGGUUUGCAUCGCAGAGAAAAGGGCGAUCCCUCACGCCGCGUGCCUAUGAACCCCUUCCAGUCGGCAGCAUCACGCCAAAAGGCUGGUUCCUCCGCCAGCUGAAAAUCCAAGCAGAAGGCCUGUCAGGCCACCUUGCGUUGUUCUGGCCGGACAUCAUGUCCAGCUCUUGGAUUGGCGGCAACGCUGACCCAGGCUUGCACGAACGCACCCCAUACUGGUUGAAUGGCGUGGUGCCGCUGGCGGCGCUGAUGAAGAACGCACAUGAGGAUCAGCUCGCACAGGCGCGCAAAGACGGCUCCAGUGGUGACCCCGUGUGCCAGGAGGGCGUUGACAUGAUGUACAGCGACCUCACCGACCUCGACGUGAGUCGUGUGAAUGCGUGCCACGACUUGUGUGUCAACACCACUGCAUGUAUUGCGUUUGUUGUUGACGAUUGCAACAAGGACAAGGUGCACUGUUGGCUCAAGUAUGCCAUCACCGCCAAGAAUAAUGCCACCUGCCGCUGCUUUGUGACAAUGACUGGCGCCUUUUCAGCACAAGCGGACAAGUACAUCUCUUACAUUCUCCAGCACCAGAAGCCCUCCGGAUGGCUUGGUCCCGAUGACGACAAGUCGGGCAACAUGUACUGGUCUCGCUUCCCCGUCAUGCUGUCUUUGGCGAUGUAUGCAGAGGCGAAUCCUUCACAGGCCGCCACCAUCGGCACCGCCAUGCUCGCGUUCAUGAAAGAGGCGUCAAAGCGGAUGCAGUCCACGCCAUUCAGUGAUUGGUCGGCUGCGCGCGGGAUGGAUAUGGCGCUGGCCGUCGAGUGGCUCAUCAAGAACCAUCCACAGGGCCAAGACGACUUUCUCUUCUCGUUCCUUGAUCUCGUUCGCAAGCAAACGUGGGACUGGGAGACGUGGUUCACCAACUUUACAACUGGCGCAAACCCACACGGCGUCAACAACGCCCAGGCGCUCAAGUCCUCUGCCGUCUGGUUUGUUGCGAGCGGCGAUGAAAAGAUGCAUGAAUCUUCGCGCGAACGCAUGCGCAACAUCGAUGACUACUAUGGCUUUGCUUCGGGUGUGUUAUUCUGUGCGGACGAGCUCCUGUGUGAGGCUGCGGAGCGGAAAUUCCCUUCGCGUGGGACUGAGCUUUGUGCUGUCGUCGAAUCCAUGUUCUCCUACAAUACCAUGUUCAGCGUGCACGGUGAUGUUUUGUUUGCCGAUCGCGCUGAGCGCAUUGCGUACAACGCCCUCCCCGCCACGUGGGCGUCACCGGCGGGUGGCGACAUGUGGAACCACCAAUACCUGCAGGCGCUCAACGAGAUCAACGCGGCUGUGAAUGACGUGCACGUGUGGACACACGACGGUCCCGAUGCGGAGACGUACGGGUUGGCGCCAAACUACGGCUGCUGCACAGCCAACUUCAACCAGGGGUGGUCCAAGUUUGCGCACAUGAUCGUCUUCACCACGCAGGACGGCGGUAUCGCAAUUGGCGCAUACGCCCCGCUCAAGGCAGCGCUUCCAGGCGGAGGAGAGAUGGACAUUAUCACCGAUUAUCCGUUUGGUGACACGGUGACCAUCAACGUCACAGCGCACCGUGCAAUGCCUGUACACGUGCGCAUUCCCUCGUGGGCGUAUGACGCUGUCAUGGCUGUGGAUGGCGCGCGUGUUUCUGCAACCGCAGGCCAGAUGAACAAGGUUAACGUAUCUGCCGGCACAACGACGAUCACCAUCAACUUGAACCCAAAGAUCCGUGUGGAGCACUGGUUCUCUGAGGAGACGAUCAGCGUGCAUCGUGGCGCGCUGCUGUUUUCCCUGCCCAUCACUCCAAACUACACCGUCAUUGGCGUGCACCCGUUCCAGUCCCGCGAUUUGCAACUGCUCCCAACAACGGAGUGGCGAUACGCCCUGAAGGUCGAUCCUGCGGACCCGGCGUCCAGUUUCCACUUCAACGGCGGCGGCUAUCACCCGGGCACCGCCCCCUUCAAUCACACGAGCUGGGCUGUCACCAUCACCGCACAGGCGCGCGUUGUCCCCACCUGGGGGCUGGAGAAAAAUUCCGCUGCAGCGCCACCCGCCUCUCCGGCCUGUUCGAAUACGUCAUCCUGUGGACCUCUCGUGAACGUUACCCUCGUUCCAUUUGGAGGAACCGAACUCCGCAUCUCAGAGAUGCCGUGGGCGUAA